UCGUUGUGUGCGUUUUAUCUAUCGUUUACUCUCCAUCACACUGCAGCGUUUUAAGUUCUGAGCCAUUUCCUUUCGUCCUUCGUUAUAUUAUCUACGAAGCGUAAACUCAUAAUCGGACUCCCACAUCGGGAUUAACCGUUCACGAUGGGUUACACGUCUACCCUCCUCCUGGGUCUUCUCUCCCUAGGCAGCGUCGCCAGCGCCAUCCCAGCCCCCUCAGUCAAAGCCUCUACAGACGCAAGCUGUGGCGGCUCCACAGGCUACACGUGUGCCGGAUCAACAUUCGGAUCCUGCUGCAGCGCAUAUGGCUGGUGUGGCUCGACCGACGCGUACUGCGGACCCGGCUGCCAAUCUGGUUUCGGGAAAUGCGGUUCAGAUCCUUCCACACCCUCUUCCACCUCAACUGCGCCGAUUUCCAGCACAUCUGCAACAACCGCGUCAUCGACGCCUUCGUCUAGCAGCCCUGCUAGUCUCAGCGAUUGUCUUAAUGAUAAGAAUGUCCCGAUCAGUCUCGCAUCCUCGCCAAACUUCCAGCAGCUCUCUGCGCCAUACAACCAGCGCCUUCCGUACACUCCAGCUGUCAUCGUUAUCCCAACAACCCAGCAGCAUAUCCAGGAUGCCGUUGUCUGUGCAGGCAAGAGCAAUGUCAAAGUCCAAGCAAAGUCGGGGGGUCACAGCUACGCAUCCUUCUCGUCUGGUGGCAAAGACGGAUCCAUGGUUAUUGAUCUUGAGAACUUUCACGAUAUCGAGCUCGACACCACCACCGGCACCGUCACGGUAGGGGCUGGUGUCCGUCUCGGGAACCUUGCACAGGGUAUUUGGGACCAAGGCAAACGUGCUCUCCCCCACGGCACGUGCCCAGGUGUUGGUAUCGGCGGCCACUCCACCCACGGUGGCUACGGCUACGACAGCCGUCUCUGGGGCCUAGCUAUGGAUACUAUCAUCGCCCUCGACGUCGUGCUCGCUGACGGCUCUGUGGCCCACGCCACCUCCACCGAGCAUUCCGAUAUAUUUUGGGCGAUGCGCGGUGCUGGUGACUCAUUCGGUGUAGUUGUAACCUUCUACAUGCAAACUCAACCCGCCCCGGAAGCAGUCACCUUCUUCCAGUACAGCUUCUCUGUCUUCGGAUCGCAGGAAACCUUCACAGACACCUUCCUUCACCUCCAGGACUUCGCCACCAACUCCUCCGUCAUCGACGCCCGUAUUGGGUUCGGUGUCUACCUCGACGGUUCUGGCUUCAGCCUAACGGGCACCUUCAUCGGUUCCAUCGACGAGUAUAACGAUAAGAUCGCGCCCGAGCUUCUUCGUAGCCUGCCCACGCCAUCGAGUCCAACAGUUCAGUCCAUGGACUGGAUCUCCUCACUCGUCAAACUCUCCAACGAGCCAUCCCUCUCCGUUCCCUUAACCGGCUACUCCGCUCACGACAACUUCUUCGCCAAAAGCAUCACCGUGCCCGAGUCCACUGGUCUGACUGUGGAUGCGCUCAACAGCUACUACACCUACAUCCACAGCACCUCCGCGCCCGCCUCCUGGUUCAGCAUCAUAAACCUCUACGGCGGUCCCGAGUCCGCGAUCAACAGCAAAGACACUAGUUUCGCUGCGUACAGCGAUCGCAACAGCCUGUGGGUGUUCCAGCAUUACGGCGAAACCGAGGCGAGCGUGCCAUAUAUCCAAGGCUUGAACGAUGCGGUGACAAACGCGCAGCCGCAGACAAAGUUCGGUGCGUAUCUGAACUAUGUGGAUCCGAGUUUGAGCGCGGCGGAUGCGCAUACGUUGUACUACGGGGAUGAGGUGUAUGGACGGUUGGCGGCGUUGAAGAAGACAGCGGAUCCCAAUGCGGUAUUUUGGAAUCCGCAGGCUAUUGGUGCGUAGAUGAUUGAAGUGCAAAUAAUAAUGUAAGAAAGGGGUGUGAGAUGAGGAGUUUGGUACGAUUUGGGACGGAUUUAUUUGUAUUUUAGCAAGCGGCAUAGCAUAGCAUAGCAUAGCGGUCCGGCGUUUUUGCUGCAUCUUCCAAGGUUGGGAUAAUAUAUAAUGGUAGUUACUAUUUAUUAGUAUUAGAGAGUAGU